AUGGUUUCCAAAAACCAAGAAGACUGGGAUCGCAAAUUGCCCCUGUUCCUGCUUGCUUACCGUAGUGCCGUCCACGAAAGCACCAGCUAUUCUCCAUCACAGAUGCUCUCCGGUCGCGAUCUCCGUCUGCCAAGUGACCUGCUCUUCGGCCCUCCGGAUGUACAUUCCUCACCUGAGGAGUACGUGCAAGACCUCCAGGCCCGGUUGGAAACAGUACAAAGGUUUGCUCGAGAGCGGAUCAACAUCUCGACGGACAGGAUGAAGAAGAGAUACGACGCAAGAGCCACCGAACAUCAGUUCCAGGAAAACGACAAGGUUUGGCUGUGGAAUCCAAGUCGUUGUAAGGGCGUUUCUCCCAAACUGCAGUCGCAUUGGGAGGGUCCCUAUACAGUUCUCAACAGAUUGAACGACGUUGUGAUACGAAUCCGUAAAUCCCCCAAUUCAAAACCCAAGGUCGUUCAUUAUGACAGACUAGCCCCAUACUAUGGCCAUAGUACUUAG